AUGGCGCCUUACAUGAGUCAUGCAACCUCCUCAGAGCUGAGGUCUCCAGUGGACAGCGUCCAAUCACCUAGCGGGGCACCGGCAGAGCCCAUCGCCAUCAUUGGCUUGAGCUGCAAGUUCUCAGGCGAUGCAACAACACCUGAGAAGCUGUGGCAACUUGUCGUCGACGGACGUGAUGGAUGGUCUCCUAUUCCAAAGUCGAGAUUCAACUCGGACGCAUUUUACGACAAAGAUCAUGCCAAGAUUGGAAUGGCAAUGGUGUGGCAAUGA